AUGGCAGCCAUACCCCUCCUCCGCCUAUCCUUGUCACCACCACCACAAAAAACCCUUCGGUCAACUAUCUCGAUUCACCCUCUUAGAUCAAACAUCCUUUCACUUUCACCACCACAAUCGCUAUCACUCCGCUCAAAUUCCGCCGCUCAAUCACGCCGACGCACAAUAAUCUCAGCGUCAAACAACUCAACUCCGGUCACCGACAGAUUAAUCUCAGCCGCAGCAUACUUUUUCCCCUUCUUCAACGGUCUCCAAUACGGCAGAUUCCUCUUCGCCCAAUACCCCAGAACCCUAGGCCUCGCUCUCGAGCCCUUGCUACCUUUACUCUCAUUCUACCGUUCAAUUCCUUACGCAAGCUACCUCGCUUUCUUGUUGCUGUACAUUGGCGUUGUCCGUAACACGAAUGCCAGCCGUUACGCUCGUUUCAAUGCGAUGCAGGCGGUGGUGCUCGAUGUUCUGUUGGUUCUACCGAUGUUGGUUCAGAGAAUAUUCAAUCCAGGGCCACAUGGGAUCGGGGGAAAGAUUUUGAUGAUAAGCCACAAUGUGAUUUUUGUGUUUGUUGUUAUUUGCUUUGUUUAUAGCUUGGUGUUUUCGAUUUUGGGAAGGACACCGAAAUUGCCGUUGGUUGGUGAUGCUGCUGGCAGGCAAUUUUGA